AUGGAUAACUUUUCAAACAUAUCAUCUAUCCUGACACUUCAAGGAUUUGAUUUGCCCCAGACCAGUGUAUUACCAGUUUUUCUUUUUGCCACCCUGGGUUACAUGAUCAUUCUUUUCUGCAACACUGUUUUACUCAUUACCAUCAUCUUAAACAAGAGUCUCCACCAGCCAAUGUACCUUCUGCUGUUAAACUUGCCCAUUAAUGACCUCAUUGGCUCCACUGCUCUGUUCCCACAGGUCAUCAAGGAGCUUUUGCUAGACACAAGGAAAAUAACCUUUUCUUCCUGUGUUACUCAAGCUUUUUUCAUUCACAUCUAUGCUGUUGGUGCUGUAUUCAUCUUAACAGCUAUGGCUUAUGACAGAUACAUCGCCAUAUGUUGCCCCCUGCGGUACAACACAGUCAUGACUAAUGCCCACAUUAUAAGGAUAAUUUCUUUGUUGUGGCUAUCUAAUUUGCUUGUAAUAGGUGUGCUAUUUAUCCUCUUACUCCGUUUGCCUCGGUGUAGAUCACAUAUGGCACACACAUACUGUGAUAACCCUUCUCUAUUACAACUGGUUUGUGUGAAGACAACUAUCAAUAAUGUCUAUGGACUGAUGAGUGUAGCUGUGUGCCAGGUUAUAACAGUAGGACUAAUAGCCUUCACAUAUUUCCAGAUACUUGUUGCUUGUCUGAAAAAUAAACGGUCUGACACAAGGAGAAAAGCUUUGCAGACAUGUGCUACGCACUUAAUUGUGUUUUUGAUAUUUGAGUGUUUAGGUCUGUUCACAGUUAUAUCCUACAGGUUAGGGGAGCUUUCUCCUCAGUUAAGAAAAUUUAGUGGUGUUUCUGCCCUCAUUCUCCCUCCCACUCUAAAUCCUAUCAUUUAUGGACUUAAAACUAAGGAAAUCAGAAACAAAGCUAUAAUGCUUUUUCAACAAAGGGUCUCUCCUUCGUGA